AUGAUAAGUGAUCUACAUAUGUAUACUAAUCUAACUUCAUCUAUAAACAAUGAUAUUAAUGACAUUGCUCAAUCAUCAAUAAACAAUGUCGAUGAACAAGAUGAUGAGGAUGAAUUAAUGACACCUCAAGAAUUAAUAUCUCGUCUAGAACGUGCAUGGUUAAAUGAAAAAUAUUCGCCCGUAUUAUUGUCACAUGAAACUGAGUUAAUAAUGGCUACCUUUGAAUUAUUAGACGAUAUUGAAAAACGUCUAAAAUCGAACGAUACAAACAAAUUAACGUUUCGUUGGCUAAUGCAUCAGACAGAAUAUAAUCGUUUGUAUUACAUUUUGUGUUCAUAUAUUCGUAUACGUUGUCAAAAAUUAGAAGAUUAUUCAUCGGCAUAUGUUCACGAACAGGAAAAAUUAUCGACCGAAGAAUAUGUUUAUGCUCAAACAUAUCUGAACAAUGUUAAAGCUCAUUUGAGAAAAAGUGUCUUAAAUGAAUUAAAAUCAGAACAAACAAAU